AUGCAUUUCAAUGUUAUUACACGAUUUAAUAAUUGUUUUAAAAGAAAACAAACGUCAUCAUUAUCAUCACCAGUAAUAAUGUUGUUAUUAAAAUUAGUUAGGAUUAAAGAAGCAACAGUUGCUGAUUGUGUCUCAAUUUUAUGUGAUCUUAAAGUUAAUUAUGAAUCAUAUUUUGGUGUUCGAAUUCUUGAUUCAGCUUUGAUUAUUGCGCCACAAUUAUCUAAUCGUUUAAUUGACGAAGUUUGUGCAAGUAUUCGUGUGCAAUUGGAUAAUGAACCAGAAAUAAUUGAUCAAUUAGAACAUCGAAAAUUAAAAUUAGAUGUAGAAGCAACAGCUUUAUCAAAGAGAAAAAGAUUAUGCUUCAAAACAACAUUUAAAGCAAGUUAA